GCAGUGUCAAGUUUCUGAAUUUUAAUCCCAAAACAAAUUCCAAAAAUACAGUUCCAUUUCGUUCCUACCCGCAAUCCCCCAACCCGGCAAACCCCUAAUCUUCAUCAUUUUCUUCAGGAUUUGACUCUAAUCGUGAACAAUCUAGGGCUGGAAUAGAGCGGUUUUAGCAGUAGUAAUCAUGAAUAUCUUCAGACUGGCCGGAGACAUGACACAUUUGAUUAGUGUCUUAGUUCUCCUCCUGAAAAUCUAUGCUACCAAAUCAUGCUCAGCUGGAAAAUUGUUGGCAUUGAGAGUCUUUGCUGUAUUCAGGAAUAUCAUUGAAGACGCAAGAGUUAUAUGCUAUUGUGUUUGUGGCUCGGUAUCUGGAUUUGUUCACGGACUUCAUCUCUCUUUACAACACUGUGAUGAAACUGGUUUUUAUUGGGAGUUCCUUGGCCAUUGUCUGGUGUAUGAGGUACCAUCGUGUUGUUAGGCGCUCAUAUGACCGUGAGCUAGACACUUUCCGCUAUUGGAUUCUUCUGGGGGCGUGUUUCGUUUUGGCACUUGUUCUUCAUGAGAAGUUUACCCUUCAAGAGGUGUUCUGGGCUUUCUCAAUAUACCUAGAGGCAGUUGCCAUUCUUCCCCAGUUGGUGCUCUUGCAAAGAAGUGGAAAUGUUGAUAACCUGACUGGACAAUAUGUGUUCUUUCUUGGGGCCUACCGUGCAUUUUACAUCUUAAACUGGAUUUACCGCUAUCUGACAGAGCAGCGUUUCACUAGAUGGAUUUCUUGCGUCUCUGGUCUUGUCCAGACAGCCCUUUAUGCAGAUUUCUUUUAUUAUUACUUCAUCAGCUGGAAAAAUAAUGCGAAGCUUCAACUGCCAGCAUGAGGCGAUGAAGAUAUAUGAUGAACAGUUUUAACACCUAACCGUAAUCUGGUUUCAUGCCGUGGCUUGUGACAUGAUUUUGGGAUACUACUUUUUUUGGGAUGUGAGAUCAUACGUGGAGUUUGGCCGAGGGUCAAGUAUUUCAAUGAGCUCCUCUUACAUUGUUAGAUUCAGAUAAAGUACCCUUGUAUAUAUGUCAGAAAUAUGUUAAUUUGAAAAUAUUGUCUGCAUUCCUGUCAAAUGUGAUUCGAACUUUCAAAGAUAUACCAGUAUGACUAAUCAAUUAUUUUGCUACGUUCAUAUAA